CCCUGCACAUCCCUGGAACAUCAGAACUCCCCACUGUCCCGGGGACGCCCGCAGGACCUGACCGCCGAGGGCGCGCAGCUCUGGGCACCCCCGCGGGCCCUCGCCCGCCGCGUCCGCCGCUGCGGAGUUCGUGCGGCUCCGACGGGGCUCCGCAAAUAUGCGCUGAGCCAGCGGGAGAAGGAGCCGGAGCCCGGGCGGAGGAGAUCGCCUUUCCCACCCCUUCCUGCCCGAGCGGCGGAGUUCGCGCGCGAGGGGGCGCGCCCGAGUCGGGAUUCGUCCAGGCCGCGCGGGCUGCCCGCCCCUCGGCGCGGAGCCUCCGGCGCCGCCCCUGCCAGCCCCUCCCCGGGCUGGGCGCCGGACGGUGGGCGGCGGCGAGCGGGCGGGCCGCGGAGGACGUGCCGCCUGCGCCUCCCUCCCCGCGUCCCUGGCUCCGGGCGGCCCGGGACUGCCGCGGCGGCGCGCGGGUGCCGGGCCCUGCUCGCAGGCCAUGGGGGAAGGGGGCGCCGUGGGGCGCCGUCGGCCCUUCCCCGGGGCGCCGCGGCGGCGCUGGUGGCGGCGGCAGCAGCAGCAGCAGAGGCAGCGGCAGCGCUGGUGGCCGGGCCGCGGCGAGGGCGAGGGCGCGGGGCGCGCCGCCAUGGGCCUGGCCGGGCUGCAGGCAGGAAGAUGUCCAAGCCCCGCGCGGUGGAGGCGGCGGCGGCGGCGGCGGCGGUGGGAGCGACGGCCCCGGGCCCGGAGAUGGUGGAGCGGAGGGGCCCGGGGAGGCCCCGCACCAACGGGGAGAAUGUGUUUGCCGGGCAGUCCAAGAUCUAUUCCUACAUGAGCCCGAACAAGUGCUCCGGAGUGCGCUCCCCGCUGCAGGAAGACAACUCCGUUGCGCACUACGAAGCCAAGUGCCCGGGGAGACCAUUAGCCGGGAUCUACCGGAGGCGAGAAGAGAAGAGAAGUGGUGGGAACGCCAUACGAAGUUCCAUGAAGGCCGAGGAGCCGAAGCUCAGAGACACCAGGAGAGGCCCCCUGGCACCUUUUCCAAACCAAAAACCUGAUGCAGCAGAACCUCCAAAAACUCCAGCCCUGGCUGGUGACUCUCCCGCUGCAGCCGGCGCCAAGCCAGCCCUGAAGAAGCCCCUCAAGGGCCGACAGACCCCUCGGAAGAAAGCUCAAGGAAAAACGCAGCAGAAUCGCAAACUCACGGAUUUCUACCCUGUCCGAAGGAGCUCCAGGAAGAGCAAAGCCGAGCUGCAGUCGGAAGAACGGAAAAGAAUAGAUGAAUUGAUCGAGAGCGGGAAGGAAGAAGGGAUGAAGAUUGACCUCAUCGACGGCAAAGGCAGGGGCGUAAUUGCCACGAAGCAGUUCUCCCGGGGCGACUUUGUGGUGGAGUACCAUGGCGACCUCAUCGAGAUCACCGAUGCCAAGAAGCGCGAGGCUCUGUACGCCCAGGACCCCUCCACGGGCUGCUACAUGUACUACUUCCAGUAUCUGAGCAAAACCUACUGCGUGGACGCCACGCGCGAGACCAACCGCCUGGGACGGCUGAUCAACCACAGCAAGUGCGGGAACUGCCAGACCAAACUGCACGACAUCGACGGGGUGCCCCACCUCAUCCUCAUCGCUGCGCGGGACAUCGCGGCCGGGGAGGAGCUCCUCUACGACUACGGGGACCGCAGCAAGGCCUCCAUCGAAGCCCACCCCUGGCUGAAGCACUGACCGCCGCCGCCGGCCUCUCCAAAGGACAAAGUGCCCUCAAAGGGAAUGGGUUUUUGUUUUGUUUUUUACACUUAGUCUUAGCAGAUUACUUCAGAUGUUUUUAAAAAGUAUAUUAAGAUGCCUUUUCACUGUAGUAUUUAAAUGUCUGUUCCAGGUUUCCAAGGUGGACUUGAACAGAUGGCCUUACAUUACCAAAACUUUUAUAUUCUAGUUGUUUUGUACCUUUUUUGCAUACAAGUCGAACGUCCGUGCUUCCCGUGCAUGCGGUCAAAGACUCGGCACAGGUUUUAGAGAGGAAAGAGAAGCAGGGCGCCGGGCGGGCCUCCCGCCUGCAGGUGCAGAGCCAGGCCCUGCCCGCCUGCCCGGCCUGCCCCGGGCGUUCCAAGCUCUUGUUCUCCCCGCGUCUCGACAGGCGCACGCUGAAGUGUAUGAAUAUUUUUUAAAGGGUUUAACAGUAAGCUAGUCUUCCCCUCUGCUUUCUCGAAAGCUUCCUGGCCCCCGGGGCCGCGAGCACAGGCCCGGUGUCAACUGCUCUUCCACAGGCUGCCCCUCCCCGGGCGGCCGAGCAGGCUGGAGGCAGGCGGGGGAGGUGCCGCCUCCCUGUGCUGCCGGGGCAGGGUUCCCGAAACUGGGUUAUUAAUUCUUUAUAGAAAUGUGAACACUGAGUUUAUUUUAAAAAAAAAAAUUUUAAAACGUUUAAAAAAAAACAGCAAAAAAAAUUUAAAAAAGAAAAAAGGCAAAAAAAAAAAAAAAAAACCCACAGCAAACAACUUACAUGUAUAUAGGUCUUGAAGUGAGUGAAGUGGCUGCAUUUUUUUGUUCUGGGUUUCUUUGCUUUGUUUCUGUAGGCGAGAUUUGAGAUGGUACUCUAUUCUAAUCAAAAAUAAAGUUUUUGUAGUGGGACCAGAAAUGACUUACCCGGCCGCCCCACCCCCACCCCACCCCCCAUGACCUGCUGUCGAGGCCUCGGUGCCCCAGGACCCCUGCCGCCAGCCUCAGGGAAAGGCGCCAGGUACACGGGACAGCAGGCAGGGCUCGAGGACAAAGCUCAAGUGUUUUCCCCUGGACCGGUGGUGGGAGGAGAAGUGGCUCCCUCUCCCUCCCGAGGGGGCUGGUUCUCACUGUCCGCCCCCAGGCCAUUGGGGCCAGGUCAAGAGCCUGCCCUCUGCUCCAGGCGCCUCCCCCCACCCCAGGCUCAUGACGGUGCUACCUAAGAAAGUCUUCCCCGCCCCCGCCGGCCUGGUGAGUGGGCAGCAAGUCGGAGGAGGAUCCGAUGGCAGCGUGGAAAUGCGGGCUGUACCUGUCGUGGUUUAGCUUUGUAUGUAAGCAAACAAAAAGGAAAUAAACUUGAAUCUUAUUUGUCAUCAUAAAAAUGAAAUGAGAAAUUAAAGUAUUUAUUGCCAGGCGA